ACUUGAAAACAGAGCAAGAAAGAAAGAAAAAACAGAGCACUAACCCAUCAUUUCAAAGCAAAAGCAAAAGGAAAUAAAGAAAGAAAGAACAGAAAAGGAGAGAGAGAGAGAGAGAGAGAGAGAGAGAGAGAGAGUGAGUUAGAGAAAGAGAGGGUUUUGGGAGAAGGGUUUGGAAGAAGAGAUGCAGACGAGUGAGCAAUCUCAACAAUUAAUGAUUCAGAAUCAGAACUCGGGAAGCCUGAGCUUCAAUAGCAAUCUUUCGAGAGAGGAUGAAGAGAUGUCGAGGUCGGCUCUCUCGACUUUCAAAGCCAAGGAAGAAGAGAUCGAGAGGAAGAGGAUGGAGGUCAGAGAGAAAGUCCAAGCUCAGUUGGGUCGAGUUGAAGAAGAGACUAAGCGUUUGGCUACCAUUCGUGAGGAGCUUGAAGGACUAGCAGAUCCAAUGAGAAAGGAAGUUGCUAUGGUUCGAAAGAAGAUCGAUGCAAUUAACAAAGAAUUAAAGCCAUUAGGACACACUUGCCAGAAGAAGGAAAAAGAAUACAAAGAUGCCCUUGAGGCCUUUAACGAUAAGAACAAGGAGAAAGUACAGCUGAUAACCAAACUAAUGGAGUUCGAACAGUUGGUCAGUGACAGUGAAAAGAUGAGGCUGAAGAAGCUGGAGGAGCUGAGUAAGAACAUAGAUUCCAUGCACAUGCACUGAUUGAUGAUGGAUCAUGAUCAUGAUCAUGAUAAUGAUAAUGAUUAUCAUAACAGCCCCUUGAUGAUAUAACUCCCCUGAUUAGGUUUGUGUGAUGUAUUUAAGAAUUGAGAUGAUGACUUUUUUUUUUCUUCUAUAUUUAUAUUUUAUUUUAUAUAUAUUAUAUAUAUAAGGGUGUUUGGAUUUGGUGUAUUCUAAAAAGUCAAGUCAGUUUGUUUGUUUCAUUAGCAUUUGGAUAAAAGAACCUUAGCUGAUUUUAGGCAGGGAAAUACCCCCCUCUUAAACAGGUUUGUAACUAAAACGUUUCUGUGAAAACUCUUAUUGUAAUUUUCUUCUUAGCAUUUUUUUUAUGUUACAACAAUGUCCAGUGUCUUUGUUUAAUAUCAAUUCUAUUUAUUUCUUUUUUUA